UAUUGUGAUGCUCCUAUUGUCUUGCAUUCGCGUUUGUGUAAAUAUUUUAGUGAAUCUUACUAAUAUUUAGGAUUAUUUAUCGACCAAUAAUUACUUUUCGUAACAAUUAAAGUAAUUACUUAACAUACGGAUACAAUGCAAUCGAUUGCGUCUGGUGAAGCGGAGCCAAGCAAUGGCGCGGCGACAGAUGUAUCAUUGCGUUUCUAUUCAUUCUUGCCAUGCACACUACCGAAAAAGACAUUUGCAAGCCCCAAAACAAGUGGUUAUUGUACAGACAAUAGUGGUGUGCUUGUGAUUAACGAUAGCGAUGAUGAGGGUUCAUCGACUAUAUCUGCUGUUUCAGAGCCACAAUUUGAGUUUCUGUGCGAAAUUGAUGUUGAUAAGAACAUCGCGCUACCUCGGCCCAUAGAGCUAAAAGUAGAGUGUAAGAAGGAGCCUGAAGUAGAUUUUAUUGAAGUUCUGCAAGAGAAUGGAAAACAAAUAAAUGAAAAACAACAAUCAAUCCACAACGCAGCUACAGCAGAUUAUAGUGAUUGUGAGGAUGAGCUAUUGGCAUUGUGCAAAAUAGAACCAGUAUGUGACCUUAACGAGGUCUUGCCACACAAUGCAUCAGCAGAACAUGAAAAUCACUACAUCUACUUCACAUGUCCCCAAUGUGGGGAGCGUCACGAUUCACAUCCACACUGGCGACGGCACAUUGUGUCGGCGCAUCAGCUAGGAGAUCAAAAAAAUUGGAAUUUUAGGCGACGUCCCAACAACGAAUUCGAAUGCUUUAGCUGCCGUAAAGUAUUUACACGUUGCACACUGAAGACAUUACAGCAGCAUCACUUUACACAUUUGCCACACAAAGUGUACCAUUGCAAGUUGUGUCCAUUCGAAGAGCACAGCAUGUUUUUAAUGAUAUCGCAUAUUAUGCUGCAUAAGGAAAAAGAUGCCAGUAACAGUGGAAAUGCUAAAAGUAGUAAUGGUGCACCCACAGCACGCGAAAUUGCCCUAUGGGAACAUGAGAGUCGCGCCUUGAUUGCAUACAUUUGUCCAGCUUGUGGCUUAACGUUUGAUGCAGAGGAUGCCUGGCAGGCGCAUAUAAACUUCAGUUCUUUAAUUUCCUAAUAUGGCAGUAAUUUUAAGUACAAACUCCCGUUUCGAUUUCUUUUUGGAAGCGGCACUUUAGUCU